GCGGGGGAGGCGCAGAGAGGCGAAGUCGGGGACCUGUUGGCGGGGAGCAAGCCAGGGACGCGGCCGGGCCGGGACCCGCCAACGCCGCCGCCGCCGCCGCCGCCGCGCGCCGCGCCUGACGCCCCCCGGACCCGCGCCGCGCCCGCCGGGGACCCCCGCGCCCCCCGCGCCGACAUGGAAGUUUUCCCCUGGCUGCUGCUGCUGGUCCUCGGCUGCCUCCGGACCUGGCGCUGCGCGGGCGCCGACUCCAUCAUCCACAUCGGAGCGAUAUUUGAUGAAUCGGCCAAAAAGGACGAUGAGGUGUUCCGCACGGCUGUCGGGGACCUCAACCAGAAUGAGGAGAUCUUGCAGACAGAGAAGAUCACGUUUUCGGUGACAUUUGUGGAUGGUAACAACCCCUUCCAAGCAGUCCAGGAAGCCUGCGAGCUCAUGAACCAGGGCAUCCUGGCGCUGGUCAGCUCCAUCGGCUGCACGUCGGCGGGCUCCCUGCGGUCCCUGGCAGAUGCCAUGCACAUCCCGCACCUCUUCAUCCAGCGGGCCACCGCGGGCACCCCCCGGAGCGGCUGCGGCCUGGUCAGGAGCCCCCGCGGCGGCGACUACACCCUCUCCGUGCGGCCCCCGGUCUACCUGCAUGACGUCAUGCUGCGGGUGGUCACCGAGUACGCCUGGCAGAAGUUCAUCAUCUUCUACGACAGCGAGUACGAUAUCCGUGGCAUACAGGAGUUUUUGGACAAAGUGUCUCAGCAGGGGAUGGAUGUCGCACUUCAGAAGGUAGAAAACAACAUUAAUAAAAUGAUCACCACUCUUUUUGAUACCAUGAGGAUAGAGGAAUUGAAUCGCUAUCGGGACACUCUUAGGCGAGCCAUUCUCAUUAUGAACCCUGCCACAGCCAAAUCCUUCAUUACAGAGGUUGUGGAGACUAAUUUAGUUGCUUUUGACUGUCACUGGAUCAUUAUAAACGAGGAAAUAAAUGAUGUGGAUGUGCAAGAACUUGUCAGAAGGUCCAUUGGAAGGCUGACUAUCAUCCGACAGACAUUUCCAGUUCCCCAGAAUAUAAGUCAGCGCUGUUUCCGUGGCAACCACCGAAUAUCUUCCACACUGUGUGACCCUAAGGAUCCAUUUGCCCAGAAUAUGGAGAUUUCAAACCUCUACAUCUAUGACACUGUGCUUCUGCUCGCCAAUGCUUUUCAUAAGAAGCUGGAGGACCGCAAGUGGCACAGCAUGGCAAGUCUGUCCUGUAUCCGGAAGAACUCCAAGCCCUGGCAGGGGGGCCGGUCCAUGCUGGAGACCAUCAAGAAGGGUGGAGUUAAUGGGUUGACUGGAGAGCUAGAAUUUGGAGAAAAUGGAGGCAAUCCGAAUGUCCACUUUGAAAUUCUUGGAACUAACUAUGGAGAAGAACUUGGCCGAGGUGUUCGCAAACUGGGGUGCUGGAAUCCUGUCACCGGCUUGAAUGGGUCCCUGACAGACAAGAAACUGGAGAAUAACAUGCGUGGGGUGGUUUUACGUGUUGUGACUGUUCUGGAAGAACCUUUUGUAAUGGUUUCCGAGAAUGUCUUGGGGAAGCCAAAGAAAUACCAGGGAUUCUCCAUCGACGUGUUGGAUGCCUUAUCGAACUACCUGGGCUUUAGCUAUGAGAUCUAUGUGGCCCCAGACCACAAGUAUGGAAGCCCCCAGGAGGACGGGACGUGGAACGGCUUGGUGGGAGAGCUCGUCUUCAAGCGAGCAGACAUUGGGAUCUCGGCACUGACCAUCACCCCCGACCGGGAGAAUGUGGUGGACUUCACCACCCGGUACAUGGACUACUCGGUGGGCGUGCUCCUGCGCAGGGCUGAGAAGGCCGUGGACAUGUUCGCCUGCCUGGCCCCAUUCGACCUGUCCCUCUGGGCCUGUAUCGCGGGCACCGUCCUUCUGGUGGGGCUGCUGGUCUACCUCCUCAACUGGCUCAACCCUCCACGGUUACAGAUGGGCUCCAUGACGUCCACUACCCUCUACAACUCCAUGUGGUUUGUCUAUGGAUCCUUUGUCCAGCAAGGUGGAGAGGUCCCUUACACGACUCUGGCUACCCGAAUGAUGAUGGGCGCUUGGUGGCUGUUUGCCUUGAUUGUUAUCUCGUCUUACACAGCAAAUCUUGCCGCUUUCCUCACUAUAACCCGCAUUGAAAGUUCCAUCCAGUCUCUGCAGGACCUGUCCAAGCAGACGGACAUCCCCUACGGCACAGUGCUGGACUCAGCGGUGUACGAGCACGUGCGGGUGAAGGGCAUGAACCCCUUCGAGCGGGACAGCAUGUAUGCCCAGAUGUGGCGCAUGAUAAGUCGCAGCAACGGGUCCGAGAACAACGUGCUGGAGUCGCAGGCGGCCGUCCAGAAGGUCAAAUAUGGAAAUUAUGCUUUUGUUUGGGACGCAGCUGUCCUGGAGUAUGUGGCUAUCAAUGACCCCGAUUGUUCUUUCUACACCAUUGGAAAUACCGUAGCAGACCGGGGAUACGGAAUCGCGUUGCAACACGGCAGCCCUUACCGAGAUGUUUUUUCGCAAAGGAUCCUGGAACUUCAACAGAACGGUGACAUGGACAUCCUCAAGCACAAAUGGUGGCCCAAAAACGGCCAGUGUGACCUGUACUCUUCAGUGGACACGAAACAGAAGGGAGGUGCCCUGGACAUCAAGAGCUUCGCGGGCGUCUUCUGCAUCCUGGCCGCAGGUGUGGUCCUGUCCUGCCUCAUCGCCAUGCUGGAGACCUGGUGGAACAAGCGCAAGGGCUCCCGUGCGCCCUCCAAAGAGGAUGACAAGGAAAUUGACCUGGAGCACCUCCAUAGACGAGUAAAUAGCUUGUGCACAGAUGAUGACAGCCCCCAUAAACAGUUUUCCACCUCGUCAAUUGACUUGACCCCUCUGGACAUUGACACUUUGCCAACACGCCAAGCCCUGGAGCAGAUCAGCGAUUUCAGGAACACGCACAUCACCACCACCACCUUUAUCCCAGAGCAGAUUCAGACUCUUAGCCGCACACUCUCGGCAAAGGCCGCCUCUGGCUUUGCUUUUGGCAACGUGCCUGAGCACCGGACUGGCCCGUUUAGACACAGGGCCCCCAACGGGGGCUUCUUCCGGAGCCCCAUAAAAACAAUGUCAUCCAUUCCUUAUCAGCCAACGCCCACCCUGGGGCUCAAUCUGGCCAAUGACCCAGAUCGGGGCACUUCCAUCUGA